GACACAAAUAUGUCCAUGCCACCGGCCGCCCUUUCUUCUCUCCGCACUGCCCUCACCAGCUCGCUGGUCUUCACGCCUGGCGACGAGGGGUACCUGGACUCCCUGCGGAGAUGGUCCGAUACCGGGCGCAAGGAAGCUGGAAUCGUUAUUCAACCGACCGAAACCGCCGAUAUCCAAACCGCACUCAAAUGGGUCCAAGAACACCAGAUCGACCUUGCCGUCAAAUGUGGCGGACACUCGGUUUCGGGCACGUCUUCAUCCGCCGGUGGAUUGGUGAUUGACCUCUCGCGCAUGAACGGCGUCUCGGUCGAUAUUCAGAAGAAAACCGUCACUGUCGGCGGCGGCGCCGUCUGGAAAGACGUCGAUGAGGCCGCCGCCGCGUACGGCCUCGCGGCCGUCGGCGGAACCGUCAACCACACAGGCGUCGGCGGGCUGACCCUGGGAGGCGGGUAUGGCUGGCUGAGCGGGCAGUACGGGCUGACGAUAGAUAAUCUGGUCUCUGCGACGGUCAUCCUGGCGAACGGCGAGACCGUCAUCGCAAGCGAGACCGAAAACAGCGACCUCUUCUGGGCGCUCAGGGGCGCCGGGUAUAACUUCGGCGUCGUGACGAGCUUCACCUUCCAGGCGCACGAGCAGCCCGAGCCCGUGUACGCGGGGAUACUCGCGUACACGCCCGACAAGGUCGAGCGAGUGGUCGAGAUCCUGAACGCGCUGCUCCUCGACAAGCCGGACCCGCGGUCCGGCGCGAUCUGUAUUUUCGCCGAACCGCCCGGUGCGCCGACCCCCAUGGUCAAUGUACUCGUCUUCUACAACGGCACACAGGCUGAAGGCGAGGCCCGGUUCGCCGACCUGCUUGGCCUCUCGCCCAUCGCCAACACCGUCUCCAUGAUCCCGUACAGCCAGAUGAACAGCCUGCAAAAUCCCAUGGCGACUUACGGCGACCGCAAGAGUUUCAAAGGUGUCUUCUUCAACCCGCCACUGUCGCCGCAGUUUGCAAAGACGAUGCUGGAAGAGUUUACGGCUAAGGUCAAAUCCGAUCCCGAUCUGGCCGCGAGCGCGCUGCUACUCGAAUUCUACGACAUGACCAAGACCGUCUCUGUGCCCCGGGCAGCGACGGCAUUUGCAUCGCGCGGCACAACGCAGAACGGUAUCAUCACGCUGCGCUGGUCGGAUGCGACUAAGGAUCUGGAGCACCGGGCGUGGGCGAGGGAGGUGCAGGAGCGGUGGAAGGACGUGCUCGAGAAAGAGACGGACGCCAAUCUCGAUGCGGCUGGGAAGGCCGGUGUGCCGCAGUACAUCAAUUAUGCAGAGCCUGGCGACGCGGUGGUGGGCAACAUCUACGGAGAGAACCUGCCGCGGUUGAAAGCGCUCAAGGCGAAGUACGAUCCCACGAAUGUGUUUAGGAAGAUGCAUCCGAUCACGCUGGACUAAGAUAGCUUGAGUGGGUAUAUCGUCUAUUAUUGGACAUAUCUAAAAACUA